AUGAGUUCCAUUCAUCGCAUGUCGCCAUUGGACUUGCUGUCCCUCAAUCUCACCAAUCUCGACCCCCUGACCGAGAACUAUGACUUGGGUUUCUACCUCAACUAUCUCAUGCGGUGGCCGUCACUCUUCAGCACGGUGAAGGACCGCGACGCCGGCACCGUGGGCUACAUCAUGGGCAAACUCGAAGAACAGCAUCCGUCCUUGCGACAGUCGGAACACUACACGCCGUGGCAUGGUCACAUCACCGUGUUGACCGUCGCGCCGGCCUGGCGCCGACUUGGGUAUGCGCGCCAGCUGACGGAGCAGCUGGAGCGGGGAUCCGAUAUAAACAAUGCCUGGUUUGUGGAUCUAUAUGUGCGGGCAGGGAACAAGGUGGCGGUGGAUAUGUAUAAUGGCAUGGGGUAUUCUGUCUUCCGGCGGGUGGUCAAUUAUUAUAGUGAUGAUCCCACGGGCAUGUCGGACUCGGGCGAAGACGCAUUCGACAUGCGUAAACCAUGCAGUCGGGAUCGCAAGCGCGAGCAUGUGCGAGAGAAGGGCGAGGAUUUCCUCGUGAGCCCGGAAGAUGUCUCAUAG